AGUCAUAAUGUAUACCAAGAACAAAUUUUUUGAACGUCAAAUGGAGGAUAUGGACUUAAUAAUGUUAGAAAAAGAAAUUGGACAAAAAGAUAAAGGAAAAUUAAAAAUUAAGGAGAGUGCAAGAUUAGAAGGAAUACGAUCACGUUUACCACUUAGCUCCGCUAAUGGCAAAACUUUAAAUGACCACGAUCAAUUUUAUAGAGAUCAUAAAUUGUUGCUUGUAUUAUUCGUACUUAUGGGUGUUAUGCCCUUACAGAGAGGGGAAAUAGGAAAAAUCACGUUUCGAUGGUGUUCAUUUGCUACCUGGUAUGCAGGAAUUUUUUAUAUGUUAACAUCAAUGUUGGUUCUUGUAAUCGGCUAUGAACGAUUGCAAAUAUUAUCAUCAAUGGAAAAUAGACGAUUUGAUGAAUAUAUUUAUGCAAUUAUUUUCGUAGUACUUUUGGUACCACAUUUUUGGAUUCCGUUUGUUGGAUGGAGUGUUGCACAAGAUGUCACUGUUUACAAAAAUUCUUGGACCCAUUAUCAGCUUCGGUAUUAUCGUAUAACUGGGAAAAAUUUAGAAUUUCCAAAUUUACAAACCUUAAUCGCAGUAAUUUCCAUUGCAUGUUUAGGUUUUGCAUUAGCAUUUUUAUGGGCGUUAAGUUCCCUGCUGGAAGGUUUUACACCAUGGCACACAUGUGCAUACUAUCACAUUAUAACGAUGAUCAACAUGAAUGUUGCUUUAUGGUAUAUAAAUUGUCGAGGUGUUAGAGAUGCUAGUAAUGCUCUAGCGGAAAGUUUUCAGGGUGAAAUUGAUAAACGAUGUGCUCCGUAUAUUAUUUCUUACUAUCGUCAUUUAUGGUUAGCGUUAAGUGAAAUAUUACAACGUCUUGGAAACGCUUACGCUCGUACAUAUUCAACAUUUAGUUUAUUUAUGUUUGUGAACAUUACAAUCGCUUUGUAUGGUUUCUUAUCGGAAGUCAUUGAUACUGGAUUUACUUUGACAUUUAAAGAAUUAGGAUUAUUGGUGGAUAGCUUAUAUUGUUUGGCAUUGCUGUAUAUUUUUUGUGAUUGCGCUUACAACGCUUCGGGAGCGGUUACAAAACGAAUACAAGCUGUACUUUUUUCAAUUGAUAUGAAGGGGAUUGAAAGUGCGGCCAUUGCAGAGAUACAACUAUUUUUACAAGCAAUCGAAAUGAAUCCACCAAAUGUGUCAUUAAAAGGCUACGCAAUUGUAAAUCGCAAUUAUUUCACUUCAAUGAUAACAUCAAUGGCUUUGUACAUGAUUGUGCUUGUACAAUUUAAAGUCAGUUUUUCAAAACGAAAUGUUAGUCUUUAA